AUGGCAGCACCCAGCUACUGCAGAGUCUCAGCUGCUUUUUGGGAGCACCUGCAGCACCUGGCUCUGCAGGACUUCCCAUGUGGCCUUGGCAGCUGGAACAAGUUCCGCUCUGAUGCACGUACCAGUGCCUGCAGAAGCCAGCCAGGGCAGGAGGAGGCUGUGAUGCUGGAUGAGGAGAGCCCUGAGGUGCUGAUGGAGCUGCUGCGUGACCCGCACAGCCCAUGGGCUCUGCCACCAGAAUGCAACCCCCAGGACCAGUACCUGCGGGAAACAGCUGUGAUGGCACCUGAGCUCGUCCGUGGCUCCAACAUCUUCCAGGUCUUCAGAACCCUGCGGAUCGUUGGCAAGAGAGUGGAGGAAAUUGAUGAGGGUCUGUUGCAGUUACAGAAGCUGGAGCAGCUCAUCCUCAGUGCCAACCAGAUCAGCAGGAUAUCCUCAGCCAACCUGCCUCGGACACUGAAGGUCCUGGAGCUCUGCUGCAAUGCUGUGGGUGAUCUGCAGGACCUGUGCACUCGGCCUCCUCCAGAGCUUCAGCACUUAGGGCUGGGAUACAACAAGCUGUGUGGCCCUUCACAGGACAAGUACCUCACUGCAGACCUCUGGCCAAAUCUUGUCUCCCUUGACCUGAGCUUUAACAGCUUCACGAAUCUGCUGGAGCUGGUCUUCCAGCUGUCCAGUCUGCAGAAGCUGCGUAUCCUGGUGCUCCAAGGGAACCCACUGGCUCUCAUUCCCACUUACAGAGGCUUCCUUGUGGACAGCCUGCCGAAGCUCUCCAUCCUCGAUGACAUCCACAUAGGGCCUGAUGAGAGGCAUCAGUUCCAAGGUUUGGCAAGGCAGACAGAGCUGAUCAGAAGUGAAGCACGGUUGGUUGUGAGCAUUGGGGAAAUCAAGGGAGUUCCUGAUCCGAGCACUCACCAACAGCUGGAGGUUGACUCUGAGGCUCCGGUGAUCACCUACAGCUACUGUGUGACCUAUGAGUUUUUGGAGGGAGAGGAGACUGGGCACAGCAGCAGCACUGAGGAAAUAAAAAUCCAUCAGCAUUCUGUGGUGGUCGCUCUGGAUAUGGACAGCUCUGCUCAGGACACCAGAGAAACAAUGAGCCAGCAGGAGACUGCAGCCAAAGAGGAGCCCAAGGUCCCCUCUGCUAAGGUGUUUGUCACCCCUGGAAAGCCCUGGGCAGACACCAUUGACUGCAGCUACAGGAAGGAGCACACCGUCAAAGACUUAGUGGGGCUGAAGUCCUACCUGGAGACUGGAACGAUUGUCUCAGUUGUGGAGGAGAAGGUGCUCUCAUGGCCUGUCAAUGCUGAUCCAGAAGAAAGCACAGUCACAAAGGGGAAGGCAGGACGGGGGCUGCAGAAGGACAAUGCCAAGGGUCCUGUGCCCAGGGACAAGCAGAAAAAGAAGAAGCCAUGUGAACUCCGCAGCGACCCUCCCAUUCAGAAGACCCUGGGCACUGGGAGGGUGACCCUGGAGGCCCUGCUGACCAAUGAGGACUUGGUGGCAACUGUGUGUGACUUUGGGAUCCUGAUCACUGAGCAGUCAGUGCAGCCACCAAGUCUGGAGGAGAAGGAUGGGAAAAAAGGCAAAGGCAAGAGCAAAAAACCAAAAGCAGAAAGUCAGACCAGCCGGAAAACCACGGCGUCUGCUGAAGGAAAAAGAAAAACCAAAGACUCUGCUGAACCGGAGGAGGGUCAAAGUCUCCAGCCAGUGCCACUGACAGUUCAGUUCCAGAUGCAGCUUCUUCGAUGGCCCAUGGCAGUUGGUUCUCAGAGCCAAGAGAGCGUGGAGGAGCCUCAGUAA